GCAAGACUUUUGCACUUGGCACUCUGGUAACCGAUAGACAGAACGAGAACUUUCAGAAAAUCCGAACAUUCCCGGAGAUCCGCCGUCUCUCUCUCUCUCUCUCCCCUCCAUUGCAACGAAGCUCAGAAUCCAAGGCUUCAACAUCUAUGUGCCUCUGACUCAAAUUCUAUGGGCUCCACUUCCGCCAUUUCCCUCUGCUCUCUUCCUAAGAUUUCGCUGCGGUCUCAGACGCACAAGCAGAGACUAGAAGCGCUCCAGGCGUUGGGUGGACCUUGCUCGAACUUUCCGACUGCUCUCUCGCUCCGGAGGAAGAGAGGCUUGCGGCUCAGGAGCUUGGCGGUGAAAGUUUCUGCUUCUUCUAGGGCUGACGGUGGCUCCAGGAGGUCGGUUUCUGCUCGGAGAGUGUACAGGCAGUCUCAAUCCGAGAGCCCGUUAUCCGUUGCUCCGCUUCAGCAAGUUGCUUCCGUCGCCGUCCCCGCCGGCUUGUUUUUGGCCGUCACUUUUGUUUUGUGGAAAGUGGUGGAGAAACUCCUCACUCCGAAGUCCAAGAGGGCGACGAAUGUAGAGGAGAAAACUUCUGCACAAGGUUUGAAGUGGUCGUUUGCUCCGGGUACGAAUUUGCUAUCGGGGCUUAGUGCAAAGAUUGAUAGAGAGUCCAAGGAGAGGCUCAAUGAAUUCGCCAAAGAACUCAGAGCAUUCAGUGUUGUUGACAUGUCAGGAUGCAAUUUUAGCGACGAAGGAUUAAUUUUUCUUGCUGAAAGGUUAGCAUACAAUCAGACUCUUGAAGGAGUAAGUUUUGCUGGAAAUGGAAUAACUGCUACUGGGUUAAAAGCUUUUGAUGGUAUUCUGCAAUCAAACAUCAUGUUAAAGACUCUUGAUCUUUCUGGAAAUCCUAUUGGAGAUGAGGGAGCUAAGUGCCUAAGUGAUAUACUGGUUGAUAAUACUGGUAUUACAAAGCUUCAGUUGAACAGUACGAACUUGGGGGAUGAGGGUGCCAAGGCUAUCGCAGAAAUGUUGAAGAAAAAUUCUACCUUGCGUUUUGUUGAACUUAAUAACAAUAUGAUUGACUAUGCUGGCUUUACAAGUUUAGCUGGAGCUCUUCUCGAGAAUAAGACACUACGAUAUAUACAACUUAAUGGCAAUUAUGGUGGUGCCUUGGGGGCUAAUGCUUUGGCUAAAGGACUUGAAGGGAACAAGUCUUUGCGGGAGCUUCAUUUGCACGGAAAUUCAAUUGGGGAUGAAGGAAUACGUGCUUUGAUGUCAGGUCUAUCUCAACAUAAAGGCAAAAUUACCCGUCUAGAGAUUGGCAACAAUUCAAUAAGUGCAAAAGGUGCCUUUCAUGUUGCUGAAUAUGUCAAGAAGAGCAAGAGCUUGUUGGUGUUGAACAUUAGCAUGAAUGAUAUUGGUGAUGAGGGGGCUGAAAGAAUUGGAGAUGCAUUGAAGGAAAACCGGUCAAUAAAAAGUAUAGACGUGGCAGGAAAUAACAUUCAGGUGAAAGGUGUCACUUCAAUAGCCCAGACUUUGAAAGAUAAUUCUGUCGUUACAACUUUGGAAAUUGGUUAUAAUCCCAUUGGACCAGAAGGUGCAAAAGUUUUGUCUGACGUUCUCAAAUUCCAUGGCAACAUUAAUAACCUCAAGCUUGGCUGGUGUCAGAUAGGAGCAAAAGGUGCAGAGGCCAUCGCUGAUAUGUUAAAAUACAAUAGUACCUUAUCCUAUCUUGACCUAAGGGGAAAUGGCCUAAGAGAUGAAGGAGCUAUUUGCCUGGCUCGUAGCUUAAAAGUGGUUAAUGAAGCUCUAACUACACUAGAUCUUGGGUUCAAUGAGAUAAGGGAUGAUGGGGCUUUUGCCAUUGCUCAAGCACUAAAGGCUAAUGAAGACGUGAGAAUUACGUCUCUGAAUCUUUCCCGUAACUUAAUGACCAAAUUUGGACAGAGUGCUUUAACGGAUGCAAGAGACCAUGUAUAUGAGAUGACUGAAAAGGAAGUAGAGGUUAUUUUCUAAAAAGUAUUUAUUCAAGGGAAAAUAGUUGUGGUUAACUUGGUAGAACAUUGUUUAGGUGAUGAUUCUUUUCUCGGCUAGUUUUGGCAAGGACAACAGAGUACUUUUGGUCCAAAUUAUUGAGUUCUUACCGAUCUCCUCUUAAGGAGUCGUUGGAAAUUUUGACGGUGAGAGAUGAUAGAUAGUCACAUCAAGGUUACUAUUUAAUUCUUCU